CCGACAGGCAAAGGCAUGGAUGCGAUCCUAACCGCGCUUAUAACAAGCGUUCUAGGCACUGUGCGACUGUCCGUGGUGCUCUUGGCGGGUUUCUUGGCGUCGAAGUUCCCUCCACUUCUGACAAAGGACACCUGCCGCUGCAUCAGCCGGGUCUGCGCGCUACUGUUUUGGCCAGCGCUUAUGACCGCUGGCACCGGAGCCACCUUGACUCCGGGCACGCUGCAAGACGCCUGGCAGCUGGUCGUGACGGGAAGCUUCACCAUAGGGUUUUCUGGAGUAGUUGCCUGGUUGGUGGGGCGUGUGAGUUUCCAACGUCCUGAAGAUCGCCGCGCCUUUCGUCCCGCGGCCCUGGCGAUCGCGUUCCCGAAUUCCGCCGGUUUUCCGCUCCUGCUAGUGGAUGCACUCUGCGAGCAAGACUACAUCAACAGGUGGCCAACACAAAACACUAAGCUGUUCGACAAUGUGCUGUUAUGGAGGGGGGUCGAAACAACCGGGUUAUACAUAGCGACGUGCGAACUUGCGCCGAGGCCGGCCGCCUGCUCGCACACAUUGAGGAGGCAAGGAUUUUCGUUCCAUGGUUACGGGCAAAUCCUGCAAGUGUGGUUUUACUCCUGGGGUUUCUACGCCCUUGGGCAGGAUGACGAGUUGGAGCGUAAGCUCGCAGGGGAAGAAGCCAAAAUACCGUCCGAAGCAACCACUGACGAUGUCGAGAUAUCCUCACCCUGCGAGAUAGCACAAGGGGACGCCUUGCCCCCACUGCAGGCAGAUGGCGGAAGUGGUAUGCAGAGCCCAAUACACGACGGCGCAGUGAUUGUCGGCGCUAGUCGGCGGAACGAAGGGGUCAGCGGUACCGGCGGCACGGCGGUUGCUUCGCACGCGGGCGAAGAUGGCGAUGACGCGGGCUGCUUCUCCUGGGCGGGGCUACGGCGUCGGUUGUGGCGUCUUGCGGUGUCGCCCAACAUGAUAGCAGUCGCGAUCGGUGUGAUCAUCGCCAUGCUUCCGGCCCUACAAGAGCUGCUGUUCGAUAGCCCGAGGGCGGUUCUGCGGCCAUUUGGUGCGGCCAUCGAGGUGGGUCAUUGUAGCCUGGCCGCAACGCCUGUCGCGAUUGAACAGGGGACGAUCGGUUCGCCCACGGUAGCAGUGUCGACGCUGGUGAUGGCCGGCAGCCUGGUGCAGGUUCCCACCGUGGGGGCGGGAUCCGCGGCGGCAACACAAGGGGUGCAGUGUGAUGACGACGGCACCCUGCGGAGAUGGCGUCGCUUCCGAAUUGUCGUGGGCUUCCUGCACGUGGUUUGCCGCCUCAUCGUGGGGGAGCACGCAGAUCCCAGAGCUGCACGGUUCAAGGACUACCUACAUGGACCAAUGGAUGCAGGAACAAAGCUUAAGGUCAAAUUCAGGACCGGGGACAUAGGCCUUCGAGAACGUCGACGAAGACAUAGGACGGUAGACGAGGAAGACGACGAGUUCAAAUGUGAUUGCGGCUUCGAAUGCGAAGACCGUGUUCAUGUAGUCGCGGAAUGUCCGUUGUACAAGAAGGAGAGGGAAGUGUACGUGACUGAGCUGGGAAAAAUAGAUGGAACGUACAGGGAGAUGUUUGAGGCAUGGAAUAGAGAGGAAAGGACGGUAGCUGUAGUGGGGCAUAGGAGGUGGGUUGAAAAGGCGGGAAGGGAUAUCGUUAGGAUAGACAGACUAGGGAAGACAUUUUUGAGCCACCUUUGGCAAAGUAGAAAGGAACGAUUGGCCAUCGGUGAUCGGUCCUGUGGGAACAAUGCUCCGUCCUCUCGAGGACGCGUGGUUCCUGCGGUGGGGUUCACCCUGUUUUGGGUGGCAAGAAAUCAGAGCUCGGUGAUGGGGGAGAACCGGCUGAUGCACCUCAUCUUGCUCAUCGAGCUCGCCAUGCCGUCAGCGGCGUUCGUGAUCGUGUCCCUGAACCAGCUACGGAUGCCGGCGACCGCAGGCUUCAUGGCCCGGCUGUACCUGUGGCAGUACGGGGCUUCGAUGCUUACCAUCACUGCGUGGACGGCGUUGGCCGUACACCUCGUGUACUGAAGAAAGGGUCGCGCACUGUAGCCUAAAGUCGUGUUGUUCAAGUGUCGUCCCACAAAACUUUGCUGUAGCUGGGUUGGCGGUCAUUGGGACCAAUUCCUGGUGGGGUAGAUGGGGAGCAUGGAGAUAUCGAAGCGUAUCUGUAGUUUAACUCGUCCGUCGUUUGGUGGGCAAUCUCGCUCGCAAUCCACGGGACAACGCUCGCGGGUUUUGAUGUUUUGUUUGUCUCCCGGACACGAACGCUGGCCCUCUGUUUCCCGUUGUACAGUAGUGGGCUGAUGGUACGUGACUUUCGUGGGUAUGGGUUCUACUUGC